AUGGCCACGAAUGAGGACUUGAAAGAGCAGGGCAACGCCCUAUUCACCGCCGGGAAAUAUGCGGAGGCCGCAGAUGUCUACACACAGGCGAUCGCCGCGGCGGGGGCGCCCUCAACCUCCACAGCGACUCUGUUCAGCAACCGCAGCGCCGCGUACCUGCAGCUCAAGGAUUACACCAAAGCGCUGCAAGACUCGGAGCAGGCGCGCCACUCGUUCCCUGCCCGUGCCCCCCCCCCCAUGUCGGCCGUGAAGCUGCGGGGAACCUGGGACAAGGCCCACUGGCGCCACGGGGCCGCGCUCGAGGCGCUCGGGCGCUACGAGGAGGCGCUUAAGGCGUUCACGAGGGGCGCCAAGGCCAACCCCUCAAACGAGGUGAUCAAAGGGCGCGCGGCGGCGGUCAGGGCCAAGCUCCGGGAGCUGGAGCGGGAGCGGUACGUCGCAGAUCAGAAGCAGGCGCGUCAGCGCGCGCGAGAGUACGGCGUCGGCGUCCGCACUGAUCGGGAGAAGAUGACCGCUGCGACGGCUGCCAGCAACAACGUCGCCACCACAAUGUCUUUUGGCCCCGGUGGCAUCAACGUCAGCGCAGACAUGAGCACGCGCGACGCGCGCGCGGCCGCGCUCGGGCCCGACGGCAAGCCGAUCCCGGACGGAUGGGCGCGGGGGCUGGGGGAGCGGCAGUACGGGUGGUUGGUGGACUCGUACCGCAUGAGGGUGGAUGAUGACAAUGUGCACGGAGGCGGCAACAGGCAUGGGCUGAACGACCCAAAAGCCGACAAGGCCACAGUGCUGGAAGACUUCCUGGUGUACUGCAAGAUGGCGGUGGCAGCCGGCGCUGUGCCCUCUGAGGGCUGGGACUGGGCCAAGCUGGCGGAUGCAGCUGCCGAGCUGCUGCCGCGGCAUUUCGCCAAGGCAGACGCGAUCCAGAAGUACGGGUCCGAGAACUACUUCGACGGCAAGAUGGGCAUGGGCAGCUGCCGCUCCCUCCGCCACACGGCCGAGUUCGUGCUGGGCAUCAGCCUGCACGGCGAGGGGCCCCUCACCGCCGCGCGGCGCCUGAAGAAGCUGCAGGAGCGCUCGGUCGGCCAGUGGGCGGCGCUGAAGGAGAAGCCGGGGACGUUCUUCGACGACGUCGGUGGCGUGGACGCGUGGCUGCGGCUGGAGGGCGCGAUGCGGCCGCUGCAGCGGCGGUGA